CUGAGAGUGGGCUCCGGACUCUCCGGUGGGGUUCAUAUCUCUCGGGUUCAUGCGCCCGGCAAAAGGGAAGUAAGGAGAAGGUCGCCCGUGGCUGGUUUACUGGGAAUCGGGUCCCAAAGCGCCCCGGGAGCUGUUUGACUCUGUUUGCUCUGCACGCGCCUUCGCGGGAGCCACCGCCUCUUGGAGGACGGGACAGACUACAGCGUCGCGCCCCAGUGACGUCAGACGAAGGAAGCUGGCGGUCCGACGCUGGCUUCAGGAAUCAAGUCUGCGAUUCUUGUUGCCUUCUCUCGUUGGCCGAAGCUGUGGUGCUCUGCUAGAGCCAAACAGGAGACAAGGGCUAUCGGACCAGGAUUCCCCACCUUUAUGCACCACUCAUUCUCACACCCUUUGAGACCUCAGAGAUCAACUGCCCGAUGGGAAAAUUGAUGCCCAGCGUGGGGCUCCCUGAAGUAAAAUGGCCCAUCGACUGACAAGGGAACAGCGAGUGAGAGCAGUGAAGCUGUACUAUCAAAACCAGUGCAACGGAGCAGCAACAGCUCGUUUGUUACGUGAAGAAUUUGGCAUACGACUUGUGCAGAGUCGGAACAUCACCAGUCUGAUCAGAAAGUUUGAGGCAACGGGCAGCGUGCAUGAUGCCAAAAGAUCAGGAAGACGAGUUUCAGCGACGACAGAAGAAAAAGCUGCUGAAUUACGGGCAUCGUUGUUACGAAGCCCUCAAAAAUCCAGUAAGUGUCUGUCAGGGGAACUUGGUAUUAGUGACAGAAGCGUGCGAAGGUUGCUGGACAAAAUGAAAAUGAAGCCAUACAUACCACGUUUGCUACACUCCUUACAUGAUGGAGAUUCAGACAGAAGAGUAGAAUUUUGUGAAAGAUUUUUGGCCAAAUUACGUGAGGAUGAGAACUUUCCAACCAAGAUAUGGUGGUCGGAUGAGGCUACGUUCAAAUUGAAUGGCCAUAUCAAUCGCCAUAAUUGUGUGUAUUGGAAUGAGGUGAAUCCACACGUUAUCUUAGAGAAAGACAUAAACUUACCAGGGGUAACAGUUUGGGCAGCGAUAUCAGUCAUGGGUAUAAUUGGGCCAGUGUUCUUUGAUGGUCCUGUCAAUCAGAAUAAUUACCUACAUGUCCUACAAACAGAACUGUGGCCUAGAGUUGAACAUGACUUUGGGGUUUACUUCCAGCAGGACGGCACACCACCACAUUAUGCAUUGUGUGUCAGGGAAUGGUUAGACGUGCAUUUCGAAGGGAGAUGGAUAGGGCGACGAGGACCGCUGGAGUGGCCAGAUGGAUCCCCGGACCUAACUCCUCCCGAUUUCUUUUUGUGGGGUGUCCUUAAAGAUCUUGUGUACAAGACCGAACCCCGCAACAUCGAUGAACUGAAAGACAGAAUUCAGGACAAAUUCGCUGACAUUACCAUUGAAUUAUGUCGUAAGGCUUGCUUGAGUGUGGUUGGUAGGGUACGAGAAUGUCUCGCGCAAGAUGGACAGCAGUUUGAACAUUUCACCUAAAAAUGUCAUCUGGUGUGCGUGAGUGUGAUACUGUCAUGUUACAGAAAUACAUGCUUAUGAUUUUACAAUACAAGAU